AAACGAAAGUGAAAGCAACGGGCGGGAGGAGGUGCGGGGCGCACCGGGGUCCCACGGCACCAGGGUUCCCACCGGCCGGGCCGGGCUCCCCGGGGCUGAGCCAAGCCGCCGUCGUUCCGCCGCCAGCACCGCCGGGAUGGAUCCGGACGAGGACUUCAUAUACCUGAUCGCCCCCGGGUGCGUGGGGAGAAGCUGCCUGGAGCUGACCCCCGAGCGAGUCCGACAGGAGAUCGAGCGCUGCAAGGAACUUUGCAGCGCUCUGGAGCAAGAGCAUGUGGACCUACAAAUGGCCAAGGAAGGCGUAGAGAGAAGGACACAGGAGCUGAGGAAAGAAGGAGAACUUUGUAAAAAUUUUGAGCAACAAAUGUCUUUAAACAGAGAUGAAGAGGGAUCCCUCCAGGCGAGCAUUUGUUUAGCAAAGGAGGAGCAGAACAGACUGAUGCAGGAGAAGCAGGUGUUGCAAAAGAAACUGGAAGAAGUGAGGAAGAGAGUCCUCUGGGAGGAUCUGGCGACGAUGCUGCCUGCCUUGCCAGAGAAGAAAAUGGUGUUUAAGGGACUUGAGACAAACAAGGAGGACAUGAACAAGCUGGUUCUCACCCCACUGAUCCACUACCCUCUGCCGGGGGGCUCAGCUCUCAUCACCUUUGAGAAGGCAGAGGUGGCUCAGAGGAUCAUAGAGGCGAAGGAGCACAUGGUGGAGCUGAGCUCUGGGGAGGAGCUGGAGGAGCUUGACCGGUGCAGGGUGCGAGUGCAGGCAGCGCCGGUGGAUGUGCUGCUGCCGUCUGCCUUGGAGAUCGGGCUGACUCGCAGCAGCAGGAGCAUCCUCGUGUCUGACCUGCCCAGCCUGGGCAUCCCUGAGGAGACGCUGCUGGACAAGCUGGAGCUCUUCUUCAGCAAGACGAAGAAUGGCGGCGGUGAGGUGGAGAGCAGGGAGUUCCUGGACGACUCUGGCCAGGUGGUGCUGACCUUCGCGCGGGACGGAGUAGCGGAGCCACUAAUUGCAAGAGGACAUAUGCAGGUGCUUAUUGGGAGGAGAGAGUACAAGCUUAAAAUAUCACCGUGCAUGAGUGGAGACAUCACCAACCUGCAGCACAGGGCUGUUGCAGCUCAGCCUGGCUCUGCCCAGCUCCAGCCGUCCCGCUGCCCCAGGACCGUCCUGCUCUCGAGCAUCCCAGACGUGCUGGGUGAGGAGCUCAUGAGGGACAGCCUGGAGAUCCACUUCCAGAAGUCCAGCCGCGGCGGGGGAGAGGUGGAUGCCCUCGCCUACGUGCCGGCGGGACAACAGGCGGUGGCCGUUUUCACGGAAGAUGCGGGCUGACCCUGGCCAGCGCCCCCAGCCCCACGCAGCAGAGCCCUGCCUGGCUGCCAGCCCCUGGGCACCACAGGGAUUAAAGCAUCUGCAGGGA